AUGCCUCUACUGCUGCUGGUCAGAAGAGCCGCUCGAGAUGCUCGCGGAGAAACGGCGCAUUCGGGGAGGCUAGCCUGUCUGCAGCACCUACCGGCAAGAGUGUGGCGUGCUGGUCUAAGAGAUGCUGCUGCUGCUGCGACGUCAGGACGGCAAGUUGCUGCUGCGACAAAACAAGAGGGGUGGCGGCAGGAACGGCUAGCAGCCUCAGCAGCAGGAGGAGCUGCUGACGCAAGGCAUGUGGCAGCUUCCGCUGCAGCAGCGGCUGCUGCCGUCCCUUCCGAGCCAAAGCUCCCUGCUGCUGCCUCGGUUGCUGCUGCAGCUGGGAAGAGCUGGAAGAGUGGACUGAAUGCGGGGGAAGCAGCAGAGCCAGGCGGAGGCGUCGAUUGUGGCGUUUGCGCUGCAGCUGCUGCAGCCUCUGCUGCUGGAGGUUGCAUUUCCCCUGCAGGAUUCUCGGCGGAAGCUGCAGCUGGUAUUUGGCCAGGGGGUGUUGCAUGCUCUGAUGAUGGAGGCGCAGCAGCGUUUACCGCAGCUGCUGCUGCAGUUGCUGCUGCUGCGGUGGCUGCAGCCGCCGCCGCUGCCGCUGUCCAACGCAGCAGCAGCCACAGCAGCAGCAGCUCUUCUGCGUGUGCACCAAAAAGCAGCUCGCACUCCGGACCCUCCGCAGGAGCAUCUGCAGCAGCAACCGCUGCCGCGGCUGCUGCGGAACGCGCUGCAGCCACCAGAGACGCAGCUCUAGCGGCAAUAAACACGGCUUUAGCCGCAACUGCAUGUUCUCAAGACUCUCAGCCCCAAGCUGAAGCGCAUGAUUCGGGUGAAGACCAGCAGCAGCAACAGCAGCGGCAACGACAGCAGCCUGAGAAAGGUGGUGUCUUCGAGGCAGGAGGGGAUAUUGCAGCCGAUCGUGCAGCAGCAGAGGGGAGUUGCCGCGUGGAUGAGAGCCUUGCCGCGGCGAUCGCAGCAGAAGCUGCAGCGACAGCAGCAACAGCCGAGGCGGCAGCAGCAACAGCCGAGGCAGCAGCAGCCACAGCUGAAACUGCAGCACAAGUUGCGGGAGUCGCUGAGGCUGCAGCAGCGGAGGCAGAAGCUAUGGCCGUUAAGGCUGCAGCUGAAGCAGGAGUCUUCACUGCAACAAGACUUCCUCCCGCGCCGAUUUCUGCUGACGUCGAAGCCAGCUGCGCAACAGCAGCAGCCGAAAGUGCCCACACCGUCGCUGCAGAGGCAGCAGCUGCUGCGCAUGCUGCAGGCAUGGCAGCUACAGCAGCGUCUAUUGCUGCCAGUACGAUAGCAAGUGCAGCUGCAGCAGCAGAUGCAACUGCAGCAGCUGCUGCAGACGCAACUGCGGCAGCCGCAGUGGUUGCGGCUGCGCAUGCAGCAGCCGAUGCAACAAGUGCAGCAGAAGCUGCUGCAGUGCUUCCGACUGAACACGCUGCAGCACCAGAAGAUGAGGAAACCUCUCUCAAGGCUGCUCACGGAGAGUGUGUAAUGGACGCCUUGGAAGCUGCCGCAGCACAAGAAGGCGAAGCAGAGGCAGCAGCGGGAGAACAAAAAGAAGCGGCAACAGAGGUAGAAGGCGUAGAGCAGAGCUCGUCGGAUCUGUUUGCUCAGGUUACUUCCAUAGGCGAAGCUUACUGCGAAGAGGAAGAGCAAACAGCGGAUGCACAACGCCAUUCUGAUGCCACGAACGGUUCAUACAGCGCAGUGCCAGUCGAGUCGGAGGCGUCACUGCCAACAGCAGCAGGCGAAGCUGUUGCAGCGUCUGCCCCUGCAGAGGAGGAGACACCUCGCUUUGAAGAGCUGGAAGAUGAGGAGUCUGCAGGUGACUCUCAGAGUAUCUCGGAACUGAAAGAACGUGGCAACGAAGAGUUUCGCCGUGGCGCUGUGUCGGGAGCUCUACACUUUUAUUCUGCCGCCAUUAAGAAGCUUGAAGCAGAAGUCGAGGAGACAGAGACGAAGCUGGAUGCGAUUGAGAUGCAGGCUGAGCAGCUGCAGCUGCAGCAGCAGGAGCAGGAAGGCUAUCAGACAGAGCAGGGGUCGGCGACAGAUCAGGAAGCAGAGGCGAGUGAGGCGAAGAAGGAAGGGGAUGAAAGCGCAGCAGGAGAGGCAGCCAACCAGGAGCAGCAACAACAGCAUGACGCAAGAGAGCAUCCUGCUGCUCACCUCUUACCAGAUGCCACAUUAGCCAGAUAUCGGAAGCUCUUGCAUUGCCUCCAGCAACUCGACGAGAUGCAUGCCGUCCUCAAGAGCAACAGAGCGCUCUGUCACUUGCACUAUGGAGCUUUCGAUGCAGCCGUGACGGAUGGCUCGGACGCGAUUCACGCCAACCCCAACUAUGCCAAGGCGUACUUGCGACGCUUCCGAGCAUACGAAGGAAAGAAGAAGUGGCAUGAGGCGCUCAGCGAUCUGAACAAGGCCAUCGAGUUAGACCCCAAACUCGCGUACGCGUACGGCAACGACUUGCGUCACGUGAAGCGGGAAUCCGAGCUGUUGUUCGAGAAAGAGAAAGAAGAGAUGCUGGGGAAGCUGAAAGACUUGGGUAAUUUCGUGCUGGGUAAAGUGGGGCUUUCUCUCGAUAACUUCAAGGUCGAGCAAAAUCCCGAGACGGGAAGUUACAAUAUACAGUUCCAGCAAAAUCCAAAGUAG